GCCGAAGAUUUACAGUAACAACACGGACCUUAGCAGCAUCGCGUGCACCGCUAUACGCUCGGAUAUACGACUGUUUUCCGAUUUGUGGAUCUGUGAAUUCUGCUCUGUUUGCUGUUAAUUUUAGACUCGCCAAGCGGAAGCUUGCCAGAGUUUUCCAAAAUAUCCCUCGGCCGCGUGUGUUUUCCCCCUGUGAUCGGAAAACAUUCGUUCAUAAUUCGCGAAUUUCCCCCUUUAAAAAAAUCGGCAAAAAUGUCGUGCCGCGAAAAUGUCGAUUAACCCCUGCUCGGUUUGGCUUGGUUAAUUAAUUAAUGACGGAAUCUCUCGGUGUCUCCGUUGUCGUCAGCACGCGCGCCUCCGGUCCCAAAUGCAAUUAAAUCAUUAAUAAAGGCAGACAAAUAUCAAACUACAUAUAUGUACGUCAUCCCCCCACCUCACACACACAGAGAAAUAACAUAUGUAAAGUGCAUUGCACGUGUGUCUGUGAGCAGCAACUACUUCGAAAUUUAUUUUCGAAUAAAUAGUACAAAGUUGAAGAAGCAGCAGUUGCAAACGCAGCUCCCGGUCUCAUCCCAUCCCAUCGCAACCCCACGAAAUUUUGGUAUUUUCUUUUAUAUAAAUAGAUUUCGCCAUACGCAGUCUACGGAUAAAAAGUUGAGAACGCUGAAAAUGUGAAAAGUGAAUGAAACGCAUGUGAAUCUCGCAGUGCCAAACAACGCAACAAAGCCGGGCAAAUUAAAUAAAAACUCAAUUAAGAUUUCAAUAAAUUAUUGAAAUAAAAAUGUGAGCAGUGAAAAUGUGAAUAUCCAAACAGAGAGCGAGAGAAAGAAACCUAAAAAGAAACACAAAUUUACCGAGAUACUAGAGCAAAAUGCAAGCCAAUUCGAGCACCACCACAACAACAACGACCACCAAGACCAAGAAGCUUAGCAGCGGGACGGGGAGCAACAUGAUCAGUUCGGUGGCGGUGACAAGUGCCAUUAAAACCACCACCACGACACGGAAUCCAGCGGGUUCUGGAGCCAGUCCCAAGUCUCCCAAGUCCCAGGGAUCAAGUACUUCUGCAGCUACCAGCGAUCCCAAUGCGGAAAUCGCCGAGCUGACCAAAAAGAUCAACGAGCACGCCGAUGCCAUCUAUGAGACGUGGAAGAGCCACGGCAUUCCGCCGCCAGAAAUCAUGCAGAUGUACACAAAUGCCGCCGCCUCCGGUGACCUAUCGCCCACCGCCGAUAACGAGGGUCUCCAGAAGAUGGUCACCAGCUUCGUCAACAAGGACAAGGAGCAGCGCGGCAAGACCAACAGCCUAAAGAAAUCCGACAUCACCUCCAAUGGCAAGGUGAAAAAGGUUGUGGGCUCCAGCUUCAAUCCUGUGCCGGAUCAGGUCCUGCAAUCGCCGAAAAAAGUGGCCGCGGUUAGCAAACCCUUGCCCGAUGUCAAUCUCAACUAUGACAUCAGUCUGGAUCUGGACGUGAACAAUCUGUCCACACAGCAAACCCACAAUCUGCUCAAGAUCAGCGAGCUCAUCCAGCAGCAGAAGGAGGCCCAGGCCCCGGCCACAGUUGGCAAAAAGCGGCAAAACAGCAAGGCUAAUGCCAACAGUAACAGUAGCAUUAGCGCGAAUUCGGCCAUCGGCAACAAGUUAACAGCGUCAGAGCAACCCACCAAAAAGCAGAGCAAGGCCAGCAGCAGGAAUGGAUCUCUAGCUGUUAGUCUAGAUGUUGUAGACGGGCCAUCCGCGAGAAUGGGCAACAGCAUGGCGGCAGUGAGUGAUAAGGGCGGCGAGCCAGCGGCCACAAAUCGCAAGUCAAGCAAAACCAAAGAAAACAGCGCCGAUACGAAGCCGGCAACCAAAGAAAAGCCAACGGGGGUGGCAACUGUGGCCACAGCACGCAAAUCAACAAGUCGCAUCGCCACUGAUAACGCCAGCAACAUAGCUGCAGCAGCAGCAGCAACAGCAGCAUCGGCAGCAGCAACAGCAACAUCGAUGGAUGCAACGCCAGCAACAUCGGCCAGCACAACGAUGCCAACGUUGAAUAAAGUCAAACCGACCAGCGGGGCGCGGGCGGCCCUCACCAAUGGCCAGGAUAAGAUGAAUCUCCUCACCCGCGGCUCCGUGGCCGAGCGCGUCCUCAUGUUCGAGAAGUGUCCGGAUGUGCGGCACGCCUUCCUGAACAUCAAGCGGCCGCAGGCGGACACUCCGCCCAAGAGCCUCAUAAAGGUCAAGCUGCAUGCCACCCCGCCACCGCCGCCGGAGCAGAAUCUGUUGCAGAAGGAGAUCCGCUCCACGAAGAGCGUCUACAUACCCAGAUUCUACUUUCCACAUGGCAAGCCACAGCCCAAUAUCGCCAUGGAGCGGGUGGUGCGGGGCAUCCUCUCCGCCUUCGACAGCUUUCCCAACAACCAGGUGACCAAGGACGAGCUGCCGCGCAUCCUGAAGAUCUGCGGCCUGCCCUUCUACUGGCGCAUGCCGGUGAUGGUCUUCUGCCAGUCGGCCAGCUCGGGUCUCGUCGAGCGCCAGCGGUUCGUCGAGUUCUGGAAACAAAUGAAUGUUUAUUGCCAUGAGGCGGCCUCGAGAUUCGUGUACAUUCUGUCGCGAGGCCAGAGAUUCCGUUCGUACAUCGUGCCCGAGGACCUGGUGCCAAUGGUGCAGGAUGUGGUGGACACACACCCCGGCCUGGCCUUUCUCAAGGAAGCCACCGAGUUCCAUUCCAGAUACGUGCACACAGUCAUCGCGCGCAUUUUCUAUUCGGUGAACCGCAGUUGGAGUGGCAAGAUCACAAUAGCCGAACUUAAGCGUUCCGAUCUGCUGGAGAUGAUCAGUCUGCUGGAGGAGGAGGAGGACAUCAACCAGAUAAUGGCCUUUUUCAGCUACGAGCACUUCUACGUGAUCUACUGCAAGUUCUGGGAGCUGGACAAGGAUCACGACCUGCUGGUCAACCAGGAGGAUCUCGCCAAGCACAGUGACCAUGCUUUGUCAUCGCGCAUCGUGGAGCGGAUCUUCUCGGGAUGUGUGACGCGCAGCGAUAACAAAAAGGCGCCGGAGGACGAGGCCAAGAUGUCCUACACGGACUUUGUGUGGUUCAUCCUGUCGGAGGAGGACAAACGGACGCCGACAGCCAUCGAGUACUGGUUUCGAUGUAUGGACGUGGACGGAGAUGGUGUGCUGUCCAUGUACGAACUGGAAUACUUCUACGAGGAGCAGCAACAGCGGAUGGAGGGAAUCGGCAUCGAGUGCCUACCUUUCGAGGACUGCCUGUGUCAGAUGCUGGAUAUGAUCAAGCCGGCGAAUCGCGAUUGCAUCACCCUAGGCGAUCUGAAGCGCUGCAAAAUGACGCAUGUCUUUUUCGAUACCUUCUUCAACCUGGAGAAGUAUCUGGAUCACGAACAACGAGAUCCCUUUGCCUCGCAGCGUGACGAAUAUACCUCCGAUUGGGAUCGCUUUGCUGCACAGGAAUACGAGCUGCUCAUAUCGGAGGAAAACGAUUAAAGGUCGCCAAAAGAUAUUUAUUAACUUACAAAUUUUUAUACAAAUUUAUACACUACGAAAUGAAAAUGAAACAGAAAAACAAACAAAAAGAAGGUACUACUAUUAGUCCAUAUGUGCAAUAAAUUAAAAUUAUUUAUUAUGAGUUCUGCAGAUUUAGUUGAAUUUUAAUGACGAAUAAAAUAAAAUUAAUGAAAACUAAAACUGACGUAGCAUUCUGUUGGGAUUUUAAAAUUUAAAAAGGGGUGGAAAACUUUUAUUAUAUUGACCGUUCAAAUGGAAAACUAAAAACUGAAAAAAGGAUAAGGAAAAAGUUAUGUCCAACUGAAUUUCCCUGUUAGUCUGCAUUACAAUUACUGUUAAUAAAUUUUGGUAAUUUUAAAGAAUAAGAAAGAAAAAAAACAUUACUUAAAACAUGGUAAUAAAGUUAUGUUGUGUUUCUUAUUGAAGGGUACUUUUUGCAUUUAAGGAUGUGGACCUUUAAUUUAAAAAAUUUUGUUCUUAGCGAUCGGUACCUGGAGCCGUCUAAAAUUUAUUGUUUGCAAACAUACAAAAUAAUAAGGUUUCGAAUAAUAAGUAUGUUAAAAAUGAUCAAUUUAGUACAAUUUUUUAGUCGACUAACUAAAAGUAAUAGUAACACCACUUUUUAAUUUUUUUCUUUUUUUUAUUAAUGGUUUUUUUUAUUGAUUUUCAACUUAAAUUAGUUAAAAGUAGAACGUGCUUCUCGUUUGUCAUCUUUACAACGCUACCAGAACUCAUUUAGAAACUCAGUUUAGACUAUGCAAAAUUUGCCUAAAUAUAUGUUUACGUUUGUAUAUAUAAUUGGUUUAUGCAAGAGAGGAUCUUAGCGACAAUAGACCUUGACCACAUCGCUGCCAACAUAGCAGAUUUUCGAUCUACAUUUAUUUUAAUGUUUAAAAAAAUGUUGAUUUUAUUCAUUGUAACAUUCUAUUUAGGACUUGUUUUUCCAUUUACAAUUGCUUCGGGCUCAAAAGAUUGCGCUGCUUGUCGAUUAUGAAUCACAGAUGCAUAUGGGAUUGAGGAUAUUCUUUAUAAAUAUAUGCGGGAGCCUUCAUUCACUCCAAAGCGGGUCAUAUUUUACAGAGUGAUGGGACUCGAGGGGAGCUACGAAGAACCAACCAAUUUAUCAUUCAAACCGCACUAAAAAAUAUACAUGUUAGAGUAUGAUACGGGGUUUAACAAUGAAUAGUGUUUGCAACGGGUAAGUUUAGAGAAAAACUAA